UAUUGAAUCCUUUACUUUCAUCCAUUAAUCUCAUCAUGCACGCACAAGCCUCAUCUCUAACCCUAGAGGUCACCGUUUUAUCUGCUGAUAACCUCCGUGUCGAUCGGACUCCCGUGACCAACAACGUGUAUGUCGUCGUUCGAGCGGAGUCCAUCAACAGCUUCGCCACGGGCAUGGUGUCGGCUACAACUAGCCAGUUCUUGUGGAACGACAAGUUCUUGGUAGAUAUGGCAGUGCACACGAGAUCGAUAACAUUCGAGGUGAAGCACAAGACGGCAAUGGGAGUGGUAAAGAACGUCGGUGUGGCGAGGAUUGCGGUGUCGGAUUUUCUUGGCGGAGGAGGGAGUGGCAUGGUGGAGGACUGUUCUAAGGUUUUGAGCUACAGAUUAAGAGAUGGGGAAGGUUGGCCUAACGGAGUGAUAAAUUUUGAGGUGAAGGUUCUUAUGAGAUGCUCAUCUUCUAAAACAAAACCAGUGGCGGCGAUGACAGGGAGGAAGGUGAGUUCUUGUGGGUUUCAGAUGAGAGCAUCAACGGCGGAUCAGAUGAAGCUUAAUGGAGUUGUCAUUGGGGUACCCACAUGUUGGAACCCCUGUACUGGACGAAAUUCUUGAUCAAAUGCAAUUUUUAUAUAUACAAAAGCAUGGAGCAGCA